AUGGCGGCCAACUACUGGGCAUCGACUCAGCGUCAACACUGGCUGUUCUCUAGAGAGACGCUGGCCGAUGCUCGUGCCAAACUACAGAACGGUGACAAGUUGGCACAUUCACAGUUCCUGCUGCCGGAUCAGCGUCUACUGAACAUUUACUUCAACCAGCGUAGGUCUCCCCACUUUGGGAAUGUUUCCAAAGUACCUCGGUCUAGUUCGAUGCGGGCGGCUAAACAUGCUCACUCAACAGAGCUCAUCAAGCUUGGCAAGCGAAUGUCCACCCGGCAACAGGCCAUUGCCACAGCCCAGGUGUAUUUGAAAAGAUUCUACACCAAGAACGAGAUUCGACAGACAAAUCCAUAUCUUGUCUUGACCACCGCCUUCUAUCUGGCCUGCAAGAUAGAAGAGUGUCCACAACACAUCCGGUUUGUGGUCGGUGAAGCACGCGGACUAUGGCCAGAAUUCAUCACCCCGGAUGUCGCCAAGCUCGGCGAAUGUGAGUUUGCAUUGAUUUCGGAAAUGAACUCGCAACUCAUCGUGCACCAUCCGUAUCGGACUUUGUCGGAACUUCAGUCUGAGCUCUCACUCAGCUCGGAUGAGGUGGCUUUGGCCUGGUCAGUGAUUAAUGACCACUAUCUCACGGAUCUGCCGCUGCUCCAUCCGCCACACGUCAUUGCAAUCAUGGCGAUUCUCGUCGCGGUGGUUUUUAAGCCAUCCCAUCCAGGCAACUUCGCAGGCUCCGCGCAGGCAUCCUUGGUUGGCGCUAUGAGAGAGGGGGUGGCAUGA